UAUUGUUUUUAUUGCAGAAUUAUUACUUCAAGAAGACAAGUUUCAUUUUGAGCUGGAUAUCUACACCGUGUCAGUAAAUACAUUUGUUUAAUCAUAACCUCCUUGGUGUUAGUAUUGCUAUUGCGUUUGCAAUAAAACUACGCAAUGGUACUGACGGAGAAUGAAGCAACAAAACGUGACAAAAAUGACGCACAAUCCCAGAACAAAGUGGACAAAAAGGACAAGCCUGCAACUAAGGUUGUAAUCAGGAGACUACCACCAUCAAUGACCCAGGAAGAGUUUCUGAAUCAAGUCUCUCCAAUCCCAAACUACAAUUACAUCUACACCAUCAAAGGGGACAACUCCCUGGGUGGGAAUGCAUUUGCCAGAGUGUACGUAAAUUUCACAAAUCAAGAAGACAUUUACAUUUUUAAGGAAAAAUUUGACAACUAUGUCUUCAUUGAUGGAAAUGGUCAUGAAUAUGCUGCAGUUGUAGAAUAUGCCUCAUUCCAAAAAGUUCCCAAGAAACGCAAACAACGCGCUGAUUUAAAAACAGCCACCAUUGAAUCUGAUCCAGCUUACAUAGCAUUCCUGGAAUCAUUGAUUGAACAACCCAAUCAGGAGGAGAAACCAGAGUACAAUCUGAAUUUGACAAACACAGAGAAUAAGAAUGAUAUGACCACACCUCUGUUGGAUUAUUUAAAACAAAGAAAAGUUGAGAGAUUGCGUGUGCGUGAAGAAAAACGCGAAGAACGACGCAAAAAAGAACAGGAAAAGAAGAAAUUACGAGAAGAGGAUAGGAAGAAACGACUAGACGAAAAGAAACAGAAAAACGUUGCCAAAAAGGAGCAGAAAGAACGCGAUAACGAGAAAGAAAAUAAAAAUAACACUGAGGAACUUAACUUUAAAGAAACAGAUGAAGAUUUAGUUUCGGUGGAAGCUAAACCAUCAACUGCAGAAACAAAAAAAGAGAAGGUUGACCCAAAACCAAAACAAGAGAAAACAUUUAAAAACAAAAAAUAUGACGAUAAAGACAAGAAGAAGAAUAAAUUCAAGUUCGAGGAUCGUAACAGGGAUGUAAAACAACAACGAGAGCAACAUUUCCGCGUUGAGAACACUCCAAAACCGGAAGUUAAAUGUGAGCAACAGAAAAAGGUGAAGAAAUACAGCGAACGUCGUGAGGAACGCAAAAUCGUCGAAGCUUCCAAAGAAGAAGCCAAACGCGCCGCUGAUAACGGCGAAAAACCAGAAACCAAACCAGAAGUUAAAAAGCAUGCCAAAAAAUCGGACAACACACAGAAGGAUGAAGAUGGUGAAUGUUCGGGACGAAAACCAAGGGAAAACGACCCGAGAACCCAGCGUAGGAUUCGUAACAAGGACCGUCCAGCAAUGCAAAUCUACAAACCCGGCAUGCUACGGAAAAAAUCCGUUGACAACGAUAAAGAUGUCGUCGUAGAAGAAAAACACGACAACCCAGAAGAUUAAUUCUUAAUUUUUUUCGCUUUUGUUAUUAAUACAAGUGUUAGUCUUAUAAAAACGCUCACACAGAUCA